AUGGUGGUAGUGGUGGUAGUGGUGGUGGUGGUGGAAGUUGUUGUAGUUGUUGGUGUGGUUGUUGUGGUGGUAGUCGUUGUCGUUGGGGUAGUGGUUGAAGUGGUUGUCGAUGUCGAUGGAGGGGUAGAGGACGUCGUGGUUGAAGGGGUCGUCGAGUUCGUCGUCGUCGCAGCCGAAGUUGUCGUUGAAGAUGGUACUACAGCUUUAGAUGAAUCCGAUUCCGAAGUUGUGGUGAGUGUUGAAGUUGGUCUCGUAGUCGUCGCAGUAGUUGUCGUUGGAGUUGUGGUUAUUAGGGGGAUUGGAAUGGUGGUGGUAGUUGUGGGUGUAGUAGUGGUUGUUGUCGUCUGGGCGAUAGUGGUUGUUGAAGUUGUCGUUGUUGUAGUUGCCGUCGUCGUUGACGGUUUUGCAGUAACUUUUCUUCGGUAUUGCCCUAAAAUAAAGAUAUUUUGGCAAUUAGGAGACAUGCAGAUAGAAAAUAAACAAAUAAGAUGUCCGUAG